UAUUUGGACAUAAUUAACUGUUAUAUCUGUUUACAUACAAAUAAAACAACUUAUAUUUAAUUAUUCCAUAUGGAAGAAUUCCAUCCACAUCAUUUGGAGUAAUGGAGCAAAUAGCAUAAAUAAAAUUAAAAAGCAUCAUAAAUUAAACACGAUGGUCAAAUUAUGGGCAACCCUGCUUAUGUUACAUUUAAAGCAAACCAACAACUCGACUGCAUUCGUUAACACAUUUCUUGCAGAAUUUUUGAACUUUGUGACCUUCUCCGAAAGUGUGCUACAACGCCGACUUCUUUUUGUCUGCCCAAUGUAUUUAAAUGGAGAGAAAACCAAACCCACCAACGAUAGUUGCAACAGCAAACAAAUUAGUCUUUGGAUUCCCAGUAAAUUAGUUGGCGGCUGCCAUACAUUUGGGAGCGGUUACGCUUGCAUCGUUUUGAACCGCACACUGCAAGCGCCACCACAAACAAUAAAACAAGUAUGGCAAAAUGCACAAAUUCGUUGCUUAAUAGAUGGCGGUGCCAACCAUUGGCGUGAAUUUCUACAAAAGCAUUGUGCCCUCGAAAAAUUAAAAGAGCCCGAAUACAUAACAGGUGAUUUCGACUCCAUAACAGAGGAAACUCGUAAAUAUUUCAGUGCACCUAACACUAAAUAUCAACACACACCUGACCAAAAUGAAACUGAUUUUACAAAAGCUCUUCGGUUUUUACAACCGCAAAUGAGAGCACAGAAUCUUCACGAAGUUAUUGCAUUGCAAGAGAAUACGGGCCGUCUCGAUCAAAUCGUGGCAAAUAUAAAUACAUUAUUCAAAUUACAAAGCGAUACUCUAAAUGUAUAUCUCCUGAGUAGUGCUUGUUUGAGUUGGCUACUCCUGCCUGGAAAGCAUACAAUUGUAGUACCAAAAGAACUAGUAGCCUGCCAUCGUUGGUGUGCUUUGAUGCCGAUUGGAAGUAGGGCCGAUAUGGUUACUACUAGAGGAUUAAAGUGGAAUUUAUCACAAUCCCCGCUGGAGUUUGGUUAUAUGGUUAGCACAUCGAAUACUUAUGAAGCUGAAGAGGUCUAUGUAGAAACAGAUAGCAGUUUAGUGUGGUCCAUGGGAUUAUGGACACAAAAAGAUUAACAAGAAGUGUAAUUACAAAUGAGGAACUGUACAAAAUGUUUACUUAAUAUGCAAAUAAUUAUAAUUAUCUAUAUAUUGACGGUGAUUCUGGUA